GCGGGUAGCUGGCGCGUGUGUCCCUCCUCUUUCUCCUCCUCUCUGCUGUCUCCUCCAGACUUGGGUUCGCUCUCAGCUGGAGCUGCUUGCGACCACAGAGCCGAGCUCUCUUGCUUGUCUGGACAGUUUUAUUUUAAUUUAGGGGAACUUUAUUUCGAGCAUCACCUGUCUGCUUUGGAUGGGGUUUCUGGAGAAGUUUCUUCUGAAAGAUGGACUCAAAUAACUGAGUCCAUCCGCGCGUGGAUACGUGAGGAAAGACGCGUGUUUUCCAGGGGGUCCAGGUAACAUCAUGGAGGAAAACGAAGGGCAUCACGAGAACGGGAUCCAAGCCCCGAAAGACUCGGACCGACAGCAGCGGCUCCGGCUCUGCGUUUUAAACGAGAUCCUGAACACCGAGCGGGAUUAUGUCCGGACGCUGCUUUUCCUCCAGUCGGCAUUUUUGCACAGAUUCAAACAAAUUCCAGAUGACCAACAGUGUCUCUCACCUGAACACGUGAAGAUCCUGUUUUCAAACAUCGAGGACAUCCUGGAGCUGCACAAAGAGGUGCUGUCGGCUGUGGAGGCCGGCUUGCAGCCCGAACCCCAUCCUAACCACACUCUGGGACACGUGUUCCUCCAGUUUAGGGACAGGUUCUCCGUAUAUGGCGAAUACUGCAGUAACCACGAAAAGGCUUUACGGCUUCUUAUAGAACUGAACAAGAUUCCUAACAUCAGGACAUUCCUACUGCACUGCAUGCUUCUGGGAGGAAAGAAGAGUACGGAUAUUCCCCUGGAGGGUUACCUUCUCACUCCCAUUCAGAGGAUCUGCAAGUACCCUUUGCUGCUGAAGGAACUGCUCAAAAGGACUCCUAAGAAGCACACAGAUUAUCCCGCAGUGGAGGAGGCUCUGCAGCUCAUGAAGGCCGUCUGCUCCAACAUCAAUGAGACCAAGAGGCAAAUGGAGAAGCUGGAGGCCCUGGAACAACUUCAGUCCCACAUCGAAGGCUGGGAGGGAACCAACUUGACGGAUAUCUGCACAGAAUUACUCCUUCAUGGAAAUCUUCUCAAGAUUUCAGCGGGAAACAUCCAGGAACGCGUGUUCUUCCUGUUUGACAACCUUUUGGUUUACUGUAAAAGGAAAUCCAGGGUGUCCGGAAAGAAGUCGACCAAGAGGACCAAGUCUAUGAACGGGCCUCACUAUGUGUUCAGGGGCCGAAUCAACACCGAGGUGAUGGAGGUGGAAAACGUGGAAGAUGGAACAGCUGACUAUCACAGCAACAACUACACCGUGACCAAUGGCUGGAAGAUUCACAACACGGCUAAGAACAAGUGGUUUGUCUGCAUGGCCAAAAAUGCAGAGGACAAACAAAAGUGGCUGGAUGCCAUCUUGAGGGAACGGGAGCAGAGAGAGAGUCUUAAGUUGGGAAUGGAGCGAGAUGCCUAUGUGAUGAUCGCGGAGAAGGGGGAGAAGCUCUACCACAUGAUGAUGACCAAGAACAGGCACCUGAUUAAGGACAGGCGCAGGAAGCUCAGCAUUGUGCCCAAGUGCUUCAUGGGAAAUGAAUUUGUGUCGUGGCUGAUAGAAAGUGGAGAGAUCAGUAAUGCCGACGAGGGAGUAAAUCUGGGACAAGCCUUACUGGAAAAUGGCAUCAUUCACCACGUGUCCGACAGGCACCAGUUCAAGAAUGAGCAGGUGCUGUACCGCUUCCGCUAUGACGACGGCACCUACAAGGCCCGCAGCGAGAUGGAGGACAUCAUGUCAAAGGGCAUCAGGCUUUACUGCCGCCUUCACAGCCUCCACACUCCUGUCAUCAAGGACAGAGAUUACCAUUUGAAAACCUUCAGAUCUGUUGUCCCCGCUUGCAAACUGGUGGACUGGCUGAUCUCACAGGGAGACUGCUCGACCCGUGAGGAUGCGGUGACGCUGGGCGUCGGGCUCUGCAACAGUGGCUUCAUGCACCACGUCCUGGAAAAAAGCGAGUUUAAAGACGAGUCGCAGUUUUUCCGUUUCUAUGCCGACGAGGAAACCGAGGGAACCGGCAUCAAGUGCAAGCAACUCCAACGAAAUGAUUUCAAACUCAUCGAAAACAUCCUAGCCAAGUCCCUUGUGAUUCACCCUGAGGAGGAAGACUAUGGCUUUGAGAUAGAGGAGAAAAACAAGGCCAUUGUGGUGAAAUCUGUCACCAGGGGCUCACAUGCUGAGAUGGCCGGCCUGCAGGUGGGCAGGAAGAUCUACACCAUCAACGAGGAUCUGCUGUUCCUCAGGCCGUUCUCAGAAGUGGAAACCAUGAUUAGCCAGGCCUUCUGCAUACGACGCUCUCUGCGGCUGCUGGUUGCCACCAAAGCAAAAGAGAUUGUAAAGAUCCCUGAUAAUCCAGAUAACCUCUCCUUCAGACUCUCUGGAUCAGCACCUCCUCAUGUUCACGCUGUCAGAAAAGGCUGGGAGGCGGCCGCUGCGGGUCUUCAGCCUGGCCAAGUAGUUCUGAAAGUCAACGGCAAUAAUGUCAACCACGGUGAUUACCAGGAGGUUCUGGAGCACUUCACCGCCCAGAACACGCACCAGGAGCCUCCUCAAGCGUGUCACUGGGUGUAUCGUGCAUUUGAAGAUGUGGAAGAGUUGCACAAAGCAAGGGGUGAAGGAGAGAUGGAGGAUCAGUCUUUUAGGCCUUACCCAGUGGAGAACGGCUCUGACCACGAGGAGGAGAACACCACCAAUGGGACAGACCACAGACUUGGCAGACUCUCCCUCUCCAGCGAUCUGCCACUGGUCAAUCUGACGGUUGAUAACGUCCACCAGGAGCACGGCGUGGUUUACGAAUAUGUCAGCACUGCUGGCAUCAAGAGCCACGUCCUGGAGAAGAUUGUGGAGCCCAAAGGUUGCUUCAGCCUAACUGCCAAGAUCCUGGAGGCGUUCUCUGGUGAUGACAACCUCUUUGUGCAGAACUGCAGCCAGCUCAUCUCCCAGAGCGAUCGAGUUGUUACCAUGCCGCAGUACGAGUUCAGACAAAUCUGUGACACCAAGCUGGAGAGUAUCAAACUUCGUAUCAGCAGCUAUCAGCAGUUUUCCCAGGAGCUGAGGAACAAGGUGUGGCCCUCCUUUAGGCAGGCAGGUGUUCGCCCUCACCCACUGGGCUGCAUGGACUUUGUUCCCACCAACUGCCACAUCAACCUGAUGCAGGUCUCCUACCCCAAAAGCACCACCUCCGCCGGCAGGACCUUCAGUAUCCGCUUUGGUCGCAAAAACUCAAUCUUUGGCCUGGACCCUGACCAAGCACAACUGAACCCCAUGUCCCACACUCAGCACUGCGUGGCCAGUAUGGGAGCUCCUUCCUGGAGCUGCUCCGGCCUGGAAGCGGAUGAGGCAGAUGGCAGCAGGGAGGAGACUCUGGAUGGCGGCGAUGGUGUGAUAGACGGUCGACAGGGCGUCCGUGAGGAGGGUGGACUGAGUUUCCUGCUAAAACAGGAAGACACAGAGACGCAGGACGCCUAUGUUUACCUGUACAGCCGCUUGGAUGUUACCCUGAGAGAAAUGAAGCAGUAUGUUGCUCAAAUCGAUGUGCUCCUGUUGUCUAUCACUGAACCCACACGGCUCGAAGUGGAAAGCAGGGAGCCCCCGGCCUACGAGCCAGGUCAGCCCCCGUCUUUGGCCCCCUGCGAGGAUGGCGGUGAUCAGGACAAAACGGAGCAAGGCGGCAUUAAAAAAGUUUGCUUUAAGGUGAACGAAGAAGACCAGGAGGACUCUGGGCAUGACACGAUGAGCUACAGGGAUUCCUACAGUGAAUGCAACAGCAACAGAGACUCAGUGCUGUCCUACACCAGCGUACGGAGUAACAGCUCUUAUCUGGGCAGCGAUGAGAUGGGAUCAGGAGAUGAGCUGCCUUGCGACAUGAGGAUUCCCUCUGACAAACAGGACAAGCUUCAUGGUUGCCUCGAGCACCUUUUCAACCAGGUCGAAUCAAUCAACAGCCUCCUGAAAGGGCCUGUUAUGACCAAGGCCUGCGAGGAAACCAGACACUUCUACCCCGACCACAGCCAGCCAGGGUUUCCUCAAGCGGACGACUGGAUCGCUCGCUGUCGUUAUGCCAUCUACAAGAACAUCCAGGAGGACCCUUGGAACCUGCCCAACUCAAUCAAGACGCUGGUGGAGAGCCUGCAGAGAUUUGUGGAUGAUGGAAAGAACCGGCUUCUCCUGGCUUUGCUCAAGUGCACAGACACUUCUCUGCAGCUGAGACGGGAUGUGAUCUUCUGCCAGGCAGCGACGGGCGCCUUGUGCACGCUGGCCGAGCAGCUGCUCACCGCCUUACGCUCGCGGUUCAACAACGCCGGCGAGUACCAGGAAGACGGCAAGGAAACCAGCCGCAAGUGGCUGGAGCAAGUUUCUGUCAUUGGGGUUUUGCUGCACUUCCAGUCCACACUUGCUCCACAUCUGAAAGAGGAGCGGACCAUGCUGGAGGACACCAAGGCGGCCCUGUUAGACCUGGACAAAGUCACUGUGUUCUUCAAGCCACUGGAGGAUGAGUGUCUAGUUGCAAACACACCUGUGUCGUACCAGGUGGAGGGCAGCCGGCAUGCCCUGAAGGUUACCAUGUACCUGGACAGCUGUCACUUCAGCGAGCUGCCCAGUCGGCUGCAGAACGGAGGCAGCCUCAAGCUCCAAACCAUCCUCUUCACCAGGGCGUUGGAGCGUGCAGAAGGAGUGUCCCAACCAGAGUACACUGACCUGGAGGAUUUCCAGCAGCGCAUCAACGCCGUGUCGCUGGAGAAGGUCAAGGCGUACUAUCGCAGACUCAGGGCUUUCUACCUGGAGAAGUCGAACCUCCCUACAGACUCGAACUCCACAGCAAUGAAGAUCGACCAGAUACUGGGCCUUGAAGUUAGAGACCUGCAACCAAGCAUUUCAAAAUUGCUGCGACCCCUCAACACGCUGGACGACCUCUGUCGGCUCAUGCAGUCCUACGUGAAUGCGCGUCCGAGUGUCCAGGGCCACCCGUCAGGUAUCAGCGUGCUGUGUGUGUCCUCUGAGCUGUGCAACCGCCUGGGAGCCUGCCACAUCACCAUGUGUGGCACGGGCAUGCAGAGGUGUACCUUAAAUGUGACACUGGAGCAGGCGAUGGUCUUGGCCCGGAACCACAGCUUAUUGCCGCGCUGCUUCAUGCAGACCAUGGACAUUAUGAGGAAGCAGGGGGCAAGAGUUGAACUCUCUGCCAAGAAUCUCAAGGUGAUGGACCAGAUGCCUCCAUCAGCGCCAAGGCUCUUCAAGUUGUGCUUGCCACCCUCAGACGGUGACCUCUAAUAAUCCCUCCCAGGAGAGGAGAAAUGAGGAAGUGGAAUUAUAAACGGGAUGACAAGAGAUCAUAAGACUGUCUUUUCAUUUCUAAGCGAAGCUGCCUCUCCACCCACCACCUGCAAGGUCAACGGGGGUCAUCUCAGCGUGGAAUUUAAUGUAUAAACUAAAUGAAACUGUUCAGACAACAACAAAGAGGAACUUUUAAUCACACACAGAAAGGCUGAGUCAUGUACUGCGACUUUGGGAUGUCUGUUUUCAGACGUGAAACUCAUCUGAACAACAAAACAAUGGGUGAAAUAUCUGCGACUUAUGGAUAAAUGAAAAAUACAUUCAGUGUUUCAGCUCAUACGUGAGCUCGUGUUAUUAACUGGAUUAACCAAACUACCUGUAGCUGACUGUUGUCUUCAAUGUUGAUGUUACACUCUUUGCCUUGGACUGCAAAUCUCCAGAGUUGCUUCUGUAGCUGUGGGCUGGCGUUCCCCAGGGCUGACUGUUCGGACCACAAGUGAAGGAAAAGAUUUGAGUAUGCUGGGACUCGUGCGCUGGCUGUGUAGUUGCAGAAGGUCAGAAAAUAGAACGUCGAAAGCAGGAAGUUGAGUGACAGGUGAAAAGAUUGGAAUGGGAGGGGGUCCUUUUGCAGCCCAUUGCAUGUGGUAAUUGUGCAAUUACUGUAGGUUUAGUAUUACUGCACUAUAUGAAGGAUAGUUAUUUAUUGUGUCCCGAAGGAACAAUUUUAUUGCUUACUUCUUCAGGUAUUAAAGAGUCUAAAAGCAUUCCAGCCUACUUAUUGAGCAGUAUUUAAAGGACCAAUGGCAUGCCAGUUUUAGAUAUACCUGCUUGUGUAUGUCAUUUUUUUAUUUAAGUGUAUCAUCAGGAGUUGUUGCAUUACUCAUCAGGGCAUGUGAGGGAUGGAAUAACUAAAGCUUGCUAAUGAGAAUCCAGACAACAGUAGCUAAAAACAAGCAUUUAUUCCAGAAAGUUCAUCAGUUGAGAUGUUGAAUCGAUGCUAAACUCUUCAUAUAUUAAUGUAAUUAUUGAAAGACUGCCUUAUGUUGGCUGAAAUCUGACUUUUUAAUUGGAAACAGUCAUGUUUAUUAAUGAAAGAAGCACAGUGAUUGGUCCAAUCAGUGUUAACAAAACGUACUGUAAACCGUUUUAGGAUGUAAACAAAGGGAUUGUUUUAGUGACUCAAACACAGUAACAAUAGUUUACUGCAGGUUUUAUGCUUUUGUAAAUACAUGCUGUAACAAUUCAGGCAAGAUUAUAUAGAGCUGACAUUGCAGCAAAAAUGCUAUAAGUUAUGCUGUUUUUUUUUUUAAUAUAGUAUAUGAAACAUUUUGUACUUGUGACCAUGUAGAAGCUGCCUCUGUUCUGGAGAUAAAUUCACUCGCAAAUUGUUUUUUAUUUUUUCUCAGUAUCAAGAACUCAUCUUUAAAUGCUGCGUUCAUUAUCAUUUCUAUUUAUUUGAAAACAGUCUGGUUUCUCUCUCUCUCUCUCUCUCUCUCUCUCUCUCUCUCUCUCUCUCUCUCUCUCUCACACACACACACACACACACACACACACACACACACGGGUCAUUUUUCAGCCGUAUCAUCCAUCAUUUGAAUAAUUUCUUAUUAGCGCUUGGCUUAGAAUGGGCUCUUUAAAUUUACAGUUAGUUACCAUAAGGUGUGUGUGUGUGUGUGUGUGUGUGUGUGUGUGUGUGUGUGUGUGUGUGUGUGUGUGUGUGUGUGUGUGUAUAUCAUUUCAGAUCAACUAAUGACUGCAGCAUGUCGGUGUAGCUGGACGAACACGUCACUGAGUAAAGUUUUUCUCUUGUGCAUAACUUAAUUUGGGAUUUUAUGUUGCCUGAACAUAGCUGUACAAAAAGUUUUGGGUUGAAUCUUUCUAAACUUGCCAGUGUAAAUGGAAGCUUAACAAGUUAGUGAAUAAAACGUUCUUGGCA